AAAAUUUUUAAUUCAAGUACUGUUUUACUUAUUACUUGUUGUAGAUUUGAAAUGGCUGCUGUGUGUUCUUCACUUUCGUGUGGGAAAGAGACCGAAAGUUCUCUUAAGUGUCCGUUAUGUCUUAAAAGUGGGGUUACUUCUAUUUUCUGUGAUCAAACAUGUUUCCGUUCAAGCUGGCAAACUCAUAAAUCAAUUCAUAAAAAUGAAAAUGGUAAUGAUGAACCAUAUGAUCCAUGGCCAGAAUUCCAAUAUUCUGGUGACUUAAGACCGAACUAUCCAUUAACUGCUAAAAGAGCCAUUCCUAAACAUAUUAAAUUACCUGAUUAUGCUAAUAAUGGUAAACCUAUUAGUGAAAUUAAAAAUGAUCGUUUAGGUAAAAUCAAAAUCUUAAAUGCAAAAGAAAUUGAAAAAAUGAGGAAAGUUGGUAAAGUAAGUCGUGAAAUUUUGGAUGCUACUGCAAAACAUAUUGAACCUGGUAUUACCACUGAUGAAUUAGACGAAAUUUUACAUCGUGAAUGUAUUAAGAGAAAUUGUUAUCCUUCUCCUCUUAAUUAUUAUAAUUAUCCAAAAUCUUUUUGUACUUCUAUAAAUGAAGUUAUUUGUCAUGGUAUUCCUGAUCAAACUAAAUUGAAAGAUGGUGAUAUUAUCAAUUUAGAUGUAAGUAUUUAUUAUCUUGGGUUUAAUGCCGAUUUAAAUGAAACUUAUUACGUUGGUGAUAAAGCAAAAGCAAAUCCUGAUUUGGUUAGAUUAGUCGAAACUACUAGAGAAUGUUUAGAUUUAGCAAUCGAUGCAGUAAAACCAGGUUUACCUUUUAGAGAACUUGGUAACAUUAUCGAAUCUCAUGCUUCAAAAAAUAACUGUUCGGUAGUUAGAACCUAUUGUGGUCAUGGUAUUAAUGAAUUAUUCCAUUGUCAACCAAAUAUUCCUCAUUAUGCUAAAAAUAAAGCUAUUGGGGUUGCUAAACCUGGUAUGGUUUUCACCAUAGAACCAAUGAUUAACUUGGGUACUUAUCGUGAUAUCUCUUGGCCCGAUAACUGGACUGCUGCCACUAGUGAUGGUAAGCAUUCUGCUCAAUUUGAAGAAAUGUUAUUAGUCACUGAAGAUGGGGUUGAAAGAUUAACCGGUAGAAUCGAAUCCUCCCCUGGUGGCCCAAUUCCAAGAAUCUAAUUGCCGCCCCGGGUAUUGUAUAUAUUAAUACAUCGCUUAAUCAUCGUCCUUCUGUAACUUUUGAAACAAGAAUAAAAAAGCAAAGAAAAUCUAUCUUUCAUUCAUAAUA